GUGCUUCCUUUUCAAGACCCCAAAAUUGGCCCAAAUUGCUACCUUCACAGAUACAGCCCACGAACAAAUACAGCACCCUGCGCGUCUUCUUCUUCUUCUUCCUUCUCCGGCGAACGCGAACCCAGACCAGUCCAUCUCGCCGUCGCCGUCGCCGUGAGUAUUACCAAAUAUAAAGCUUGAAGGAGAGAGGGGAGCACAACAAUGGCGAAUGAAACAAUGGCUGAACAACAAAAGAAACGAACGAUGGAGGCAUUAGAGCGAAGAUUCGCUCAAGCAAAAGCUGAAAUUCAUCAACAGCAGCACAAGAACAAGAGAGUCGCUGUUACUACAACAAAAACUCUAGCUGAAAACAACAUUGGAGUCACCACCCAGAGUAUCAAUUCUUCGCCUUCGCCGCUCAAAUCAACGACUACUUCCUCAGCUCCGUCAUCCAAAAAAGGCCAUAUAUCUUUUUCUGGCCAUACAUCUGCUCAAGAUGUUGAACUAAAUAAUCCAGCAUACCUUCAGAUAUCCCAUUCAGUAGACGAUAAUCUUCUGAAAAUUACCGCUGAGAUUUCUGGUAAAAACACGACUGCUAACGAUAUUUUGCACGAUCUUCUCCAACAUGGUGAUUCAGCUCAGAAAUAUAUGCAGGGGUCAAAAAAUGUGAAAGUUGAUAACUGGAUUCUUCUUGAUAGUGUUGUGCAAAAAAGCAGCAUUGCUACUGGAGCUCGUAAUCGGGCUUUGCAGAGACAGUCGAAGAGAUCUAAAAGACGUAUGUCCAUAAAACAACAUAAGAAGUUUGGAUCAUUUGAUUUGCCUCAAGAGUACCAUAACUAUGACAUCUUCAAGCCAAUGCAUGAUAGGUGGAAAGGCUACGUGACAAAACUCCUAAAGAAUAUUGGGAAAAAUCAGUUAUCACAAUGUCUUCUUAAUGCAGACUUGCAUGGUGCACUUAUUCUAGUUGUUCAGUGCAAAAUAGCAGGCUUAGUUGGUGUACGUGGUAUCAUGAUUCGUGAGACCAUAGAAACAUUUGGAAUAAUCACAGAAGACAACAAAUUCCAAGUUGUACCCAAAAAGCUUUCAGUAUUUAUGCUACAAGUCGAUUGCUGGAAAAUUACAUUGGUUGGAGACAAACUCAUUUCGAGAAACAUGACUACGUGAUAGAGAUAUUGUUAAGACAAAUAUUUAUCAUAUGGGGAAUUUCUUGGCAUUUCAGUAUCAUCUUACAGAUGAACAAUGAUCCCAAUAGCUGUAUUAUUGCUUGGAAGAUCAAAUGGCCUAAAUUUCGUUCUUUUAGCCGAGGCUGAUCAAAAGAAAGACUACGUUGGGAUUACAAAGGCGCGGCAGGCAUCUAAGGGUGUAAUUAGUUUUUGAAAUUUCAAUUCUGUAUUAGAAUUGAAUGUGUCUUUGUUAGGUAAGUUUUAUAUCAGUUGUUGCAACAGAAAUUCAACAACUUCAUACCCCGUGUAAUCUCACAAGUGGGGUCGGGUGAGGGUGGUGUAUAUACGACUUUAUACCUAUCCUGUGAAGGUAGAUAGAUUGUUUCUGAUUGAGAUAUUCCUCGUGUCAGUUAUAGGUAUACAUUUUAACUUUUUAUUUAGAAAGCGAAAUUUUUCAUAUUGAUUUUACGAUUAAACGAAA